CAAGGCCAAUUGGAACGUCGUCGUUCUGUAUCAGAUGUUGCUCGAACACUCUCCUUCCCAAAGAUUCCAUCUUUCUUCUAGCUCCAGAUUCGGGUUCCGGUCUCCAAUGGCUGAAGCUAUGGACGUUGGAGACGAAGUUAAGGAAGACACUAUUCCUAUUCUUAUUAGUGGUUCUCUUGCGUCUAUUCAAACAGGCAAGGCUGGUUCCCCAGAAGACAUUGCUUGGGUUGAUUCCUGCUUGAUUAAAGAAUCUGACAUUUCGGAUGAUCACUGGAAUUCUCUGAAAGCUGCACUGAUAGAUAUUCUCAAUUCUCAUCCUGUUACACUUGGCUCGUCUUCUGGGGCGAGUAAUGGAUCACAUCAGGAAACAGACACCGAGAUACAUCAUUCUAGUGAGGAGACAGAACCAACUCAGAUCGCUAUCAGGGAACAGUUGAAGGCAAUAGAUGAUGAUGCCCACAGAAAUAAUGAUAUUCCAAUUAGCAAAGAUGCUAAUGAUUUGCUGUCAUUUACUUUCCAGGGAAAUCCUUUUUUGCCUGGUUACAAUGACGACUUGGGAGUGACUGAGAACUUUGAUUUAGGAGUCAGUAUGGAUUCUUGGGCACAUGAGAUCGAGCCUUCAACUCAGGAUAUAUUCAGGGUUUGGAAUUUAGAAGUUCCCGAAGAAGAAGAUGAACUUGUUAAGCAGUUGAACAGCGCCCUUGAAGAAGGUUUGCCUCAAUCAUUACCAUCAAAUUUUCCUGAUUCUGAUGCCUGGAAAAAUUUGGAAGAAACUUCGGUUGAUGAUCUAGUUGCUGGGAUUGCUGACCUUUCUUUGAAUCAAGUUUCCAGUUGAACAAUUCAUUGUUCGUACUAGGCUUUUUUAUUUUCGUUAUUGUUGUGCUCGUGACAGUUAGCUUCAGUGUUGCACAUUUUCACUGAACAUAGAUGAGGCCUAAUUGAGUAUAGUUCAGCCAACAGUUUAUCAAGAUCAACGGAGUUUAUUGAAUUACCAAAUACCUUACUGAUGCAGUUCUGGAA